AGCACUUUGCUUGAAGUAGAAGAAGUCACUGCAACACCAGAUACUACCAGGCAGCCACCUUCACAGAUAUCUCCACGUUUACAUAAACUUUUAUCUCCAAUGAUUAUUGCUUCCUUACAUAAACCUCCUCCCCUACCACCAACCUAAUCUUUACUCGCAUUUCAUCAGAAAUUUCUUCUCAAUCCCCACCCUUAUAACCCUCCUCCUACCCCUGCCUCAGGCAUACUCCCAUGGCCACUUCUUGUUCUUUCUUGCUCUGUUUUAUGCUCUGUUUUCUACACAUCUCUCUUUCUAUCUCUGAGAUUCUUUUUCUCCCUCUCACUCACUCCCUCUCCAAUACCCACUUCACCUCCCCCCACCACCUCCUCAAAUCCACCUCCACCCGCUCUGCCAACCGCUUCCAAAACCAUCACCGCCGUCUCCAAAAUCACCACCAUCACCAAGUCUCUCUUCCUCUCUCUCCAGGUAGUGAUUACACUCUGUCCUUCACUCUUGGCUCUCACCCUCCUCAACGUGUCUCUCUUUAUCUCGAUACCGGCAGCGACCUUGUUUGGUUCCCUUGUCAGCCCUUUGAAUGCAUUCUUUGUGAAGGCAAAGCAGAAAACACCAGUACUUCUGCUCUGCCUCCUAAACUUUCUUCUACAGCUAGAACAGUUCAUUGUAAAUCAUCUGCAUGUUCUUCGGCCCACUCCAACCUCCCCACUUCAAACCUUUGCGCUAUUGCAAACUGUCCUUUAGAGUCCAUCGAAACUUCCGAUUGCCGAUCAUUUACUUGUCCUCCAUUCUAUUACGCAUACGGUGAUGGCAGUCUCAUUGCACGACUUUACCGUGACUCCGUAACACUUCCACUCGCAACUCCAUCUUUAGUACUCCAUAAUUUCACCUUCGGCUGCGCCCACACUGCUCUCGCUGAGCCAGUUGGGGUUGCUGGGUUCGGCCGUGGCGUACUCUCCUUGCCCGCUCAGCUCGCUUCCUUCUCUCCACAACUUGGGAACCAGUUCUCAUACUGUUUGGUGUCUCACUCAUUCGAUUCAGACCGAGUCCGCCGCCCGAGUCCACUUAUUCUUGGCCGUUCAGACGAGAAGGAGAAACGGGUAAAUAACAAUGAUUAUCCUCAAUUUGUUUACACUCCUAUGCUCGAUAAUCCAAAACACCCAUAUUUUUACUGUGUUGGGCUCGAUGGAAUUUCAAUUGGCAAAAGGAAAAUUCCGGCGCCGCCAUUUUUGAAAAUGGUCGAUAGAGAGGGAAGCGGGGGGUUGGUAGUGGAUUCAGGAACAACUUUCACUAUGUUGCCGACGAGUUUGUAUAACUCGGUGGUGACGGAGUUUGACAACCGAGUUGGGCGAAUCUACGAGCGAGCCAAAGAAAUUGAGGACAAUACUGGUCUUGGCCCUUGUUACUAUUAUGACAGUGUAGUGAAUGUCCCAAGUUUGAUCUUGCAUUUUGUUGGGAAUGAAUCGAGUAUAGUGCUGCCUAGGAAGAACUACUUUUAUGAAUUUUUGGACGGUGGAGAUGGCGUGAGGAAGAAGAGGAAGGUUGGGUGUAUGAUGUUGAUGAACGGUGGAGAUGAGGCGGAGCUGAGCGGUGGGCCCGGGGCAACUUUGGGGAACUACCAGCAGCAGGGGUUUGAGGUGGUGUAUGAUUUGGAAAAAGGAAGGGUUGGAUUUGCAAGGAGGAAAUGCGCAUCUUUGUGGGAAAGCUUGAACCAGGGCUAACGUGUGCUGGCGUUGACUUCCGGUUUUGAAGUUGAAAUCUACGGGGGUUUGACCGCACGUGCGGCUUAUGUAAGUAAAGCUGGGUCUAUGGUAAUAAGGUGGGCUUAGGGUGAUGUUAUCUUGUGGAUAAGGACCAUAAAAGGUUAUUUGCACUUUCUUUUUGGCUUUUGACAUAUUUCACUAAUAAUGUAUAUGGAAAUGUUCAUAACAACAAUGUGGAAUUUUAGAAGGC